AUGGAGAUAAAACUGAUUACAGAAUUCUGGAACGUAGAUAGUGUUAAUGAGGGGGUAUCAAAUAAUGUGGAUGUUGAUGAGGGGGUAUCGAAUAAUGUGGAGUUUGAUGUCACAAAACUUCCAACUGAUCCUGGUCUAAGGAUACCCAUUUUGGAUUACAAUGCUAACAUCCAAGAUGAAGUUCGAAGAGCAUAUAUGUUAAAGGGUCCUUGUCCGCCCCAAGAUCAUGACUUUCCAAAACGACAAUUUGGAGUAACAAUUAGACGAUUCAAUCCUUCGUGGUUUAAAGAGUUCGGUAGUUGGUUGGAAUACAGUGUAGAGAAGGAUGCUGCUUAUUGUUUGUAUUGUUAUCUUUUCAGAACAAGUUUUGAAAAGCAAGGUGGAUGGCACUCAUUUCGAGGUCAUAAUGAAUCUGAGGAUUCUUCCAAUCCAGGUAACUUCUUAGUGCAAUUGCAAUUUUUGGCUACUCAUAAUGAAGUUAUCAAUGCCGUCACAUUGGGAAAUGCUCCUCACAAUUGCAAAUUGACAUCACCCGAUGUUCAAAAGGAUAUUGUAAAUGCUUGUGCUAUUGAAACGAUCAAUGUUAUUAUCAAAGAUGUUGGCGACUCACUAUUUUCCAUUCUAGUUGAUGAAUCUUGUGACGUGUCAAUGAAGGAGCAAAUGACUAUUGUUUUACGUUAUGUAGAUAAUAGUGGGCAUGUCAAUGAACGCUUCAUAGGGAUUGAACAUGUUACAAGUACCACGACUCUAUCACUUAAGGCUGCAAUUGAUAAGGUAUUUUCUAGAUAUAACUUGAGUAUGUCUAGAUUGAGUAGACAAGGUUAUGAUGGAGCAAGUAAUAUGCAAGGUAAGUUUAAUGGUUUGAAAACACUCAUUUUGAAGGAGAGUCCAUGUGCCUUUUACAUUCACUGUUUUGCUCAUCAACUCCAACUUGUACUUGUGGCUGUGGCAAAGAAAAACCUCCCUAUUACUAACUUCUUUCGUGUGGUUGGGAAUGUGAUAAAUACUGUUGGAGCAUCUUCCAAACGUUGUGAUCUUCUUCGAGAAAAACAAUUAGACUUUAUUGUUGAGGCAUUGGAAAAAUGUGAGAUUUUAAGUAGACGGGGACUUAAUCAAGAAACGAUCCUUCGGCACUCUGGUGAUGCACGAUGGAGUUCACAUUAUAAUUCUUUGGUCAGCUUGCUUGCCAUGUUCUCUUCUGUUUUAGCUGUACUUGCAAUGAUUGCUGAAGAUGAAUCUUGUUCUUGUGAUCAAAGAUCUGAUGCAACAAAUUUAUUGGAGUUGAUACAAAUAUUUGAUUUUGCAUUUAAUUUACAGUUGAUGAGAAGUGUGUUGGGGAUAUCAAAUGAACUGUCAAAGGCAUUGCAAAGAAAAGAUCAAGAUAUUGUGAAUGCAAUGCAAUUUGAGAGAUUGUGCAAACGACGACUCCAAAUAAUGAGAGAGGAAGGGUGGGACUCCUUUUUGGAAGAAGUAUGUUCUUUUUGUCAACAACAUUACAUUCAUGUACCUAACAUGGAUGAUAUGUUUGUACACCUUGCAAUUCGUGGUCGCCCUCAGCCUUGUUUAUGCCCACAAGAUUCAUUUUCUUCUUUUGACAAGAAAAGCUUGAUUAGACUUGCUGAGCUUUAUCCAUUAGAUUUCUCUGCAGUAGAUGGCAUUAUACUUAUCGAUCAACUUGAGACUUAUAUUUUUGACAUGCGCUCUAGCAAAGAGUUUGAAGGGUUGAAUGACCUUGGUGAUCUUGCGGAGAAGUUGGUUUUGACAAAGAAAGAUAAGGUAUAUCCAUUGGUUUACAGACUUUUGACUUUAGCAUUGAUUUUACCGGUUGCUACCGCUAUUGUGGAGAGAGUUUUUUCUGCAAUGAACAUCGUAAAGAAUAGAUUGCGCAAUCGGAUGGUUCGGCGUCCAAAAAUGAUUCCCGCACUGAACAUAAAUCCUGGGUCCGCCCCUGGAGUAGAAUGGGAAAACUAUCAGUAUACUGAACUACGCAUUGAUAAACUAGAGAUCUUGAUGGAGACAAAAAGAAGAAGAAAUGCAGCCAAUUAA